UGCGAACGAAGCAUUCAUUUCUGAACUAACACUACCAUGCCGGAUCUCCAAGGAGUGCACCGUUUUCGCGACCACGCCGUCGCAGGCGUCAACUGGCGACCGACUCGCUUUGUCGACGAGGUGCCCAGUUCGCGUGUGUGUGGCCUCUGCCGCAUGAUUCCCAAGCGGAUAAUGGUGCUGCCAUGCGGACACCUUCUAUGCCACUCGUGCCUCGCAGCCAACUCCGAAGGAUGCGGUGGGCGGUGUCCCUUGGAUCAAGAGCCGUUCGAGGAAGCUGAAUGUGUCAGCUAUGAUUUGCCAACCAGGAAAGCGAACGCCUUGAAAGUUCAUUGCUGGAACAAAGCGCAUGGAUGCGAAUUUGAGGGAGCCGUGGAGUUUAUGCUGCGACACUACGAGAACGAAUGCACAUUCCACACCGUGGAGUGUUUGCGAUGUGGCGAGGAAGUCCUGCACAAGGAACUGUCCAGGCACUACGCAGCUGUGUGUAGUGCCGCUGUUUCUUCAACACGCGCAGAGAACGCGUCCUCAGAUUCCCAAGUAUUGACCAUUCAAGACGUGACGGCUGCUCUCGAAGAACUCAAAGCGCUCUUGAGGGACGCCAACCACGAGCAGUUGCUGCUUGCGAUUCAGAGUCAAAUGAACGAGCUGAGUGAACAGAUCAGGAACCAGGAACACAGGGAUGGCACAAGUCGCGACACCGAGCACCUCGACCUCGUCGCAGCAGAGAACUUCUCGGCUGAACCCGAGUGA